AUGAAGAUCCUGGUCUUGGCCUUGGUCUUCCUACACCUCUCCGAGGGCGUGGAAAGAAUCAUCCUGAAAAAGGGCAAGUCUAUCCGCCAGAUGAUGGAGGAGAAGGGUGUACUGGAGGAAUUCCUAAAGAGCCACCCAAAGGCUGAUCCCGCUGUCAAAUAUCAUUUCAACAAUGACGCUGUUGCUUAUGAACCCAUCACCAACUACAUGGAUGCUUUCUACUUUGGGGAGAUCAGCAUUGGGACGCCACCCCAAAAUUUCCUGGUCCUCUUUGACACGGGCUCCUCCAACCUAUGGGUGCCCUCCACCUACUGCCAGAGCCAGGCCUGCUCCAAUCACCACAGGUUCAACCCCAGCCUGUCCUCCACCUUCAGAAACAAUGGGCAAACCUACACACUGUCCUAUGGGAGUGGCAGCCUGAGCGUGGUCCUCGGUUACGACACAGUGAUGGUUCAGAACAUCGUCGUCAAUAACCAGGAGUUUGGCCUGAGCGAGAAUGAGCCCAACAACCCUUUCUACUAUUCAGACUUUGAUGGGAUCCUGGGGAUGGCCUACCCGAACAUGGCGGUGGGCAAUGCCCCAACGGUCAUGCAGGGCAUGCUGCAGCAGCGCCAGCUCACCCAGCCUGUCUUCAGCUUCUACUUCUCUCGCCAACCAACCUAUCAGUAUGGUGGGGAGCUCAUCCUUGGAGGGGUGGACACCCGACUCUACUCCGGUCCGAUCGUCUGGGCCCCUGUCACCCAGGAGCUGUACUGGCAGAUUGGCAUUCAGGAGUUUGUCAUUGGUAACCAGGCCACUGGCUGGUGCUCCCAGGGCUGCCAGGCCAUCGUGGAUACGGGCACCUUCCUGCUGGCCAUUCCCCAGCAGUACAUGGGCUCCUUCCUGCAAGCGACAGGGGCCCAGCAGGCUCAGAACGGCGAUUUUGUGGUCGACUGCAACUCUGUGCAGAGCUUGCCCACCAUCACCUUCGUCAUCAGCGGGUCCCAGUUCCCUCUGCCUCCCUCUGCCUAUGUCUUCAACAACAAUGGCUACUGCAGGCUCGGGAUCGAGGCCACUUACCUGCCGUCCCCCAAUGGGCAGCCCCUGUGGAUUCUGGGAGAUGUGUUCCUCAAGGAGUAUUACUCUGUCUACGAUAUGGCCAACAACAGGGUGGGCUUUGCCUUUUCCGCCUAGACAGCAGAGUCUCCCUGCAGGACUCUGGGACCACCCGACUGUUUCUGUGGGCGCACAGCAGCAUUUUAAACUAUCCUGACCCCUUCUGCUCACUGGAGUCUUACUUCCUGCAACUAAU